CAUGUGACAUGUAAACAAGAGGUUAGAUUUACUGGUGAACCUGUACAGACCUAUGAUGGGAUAGAAUCAAAGAUGAAUACAUAAGAAAAGAGUUCCUGAUGAGCCAUGUAGUUGAAGAGAAGGAGUCAUAGCCGCACCACUGGUAGAAGUUGUAUCCCGCAACAUGCAGCACUCGUUGUUUGAAAUGACGCGGCUGUUGUCGCUGAGUCAGGAGACACGUGGCAGUGUCAAGCCAAAGAGUUCCAUCACGCAGUACGCGUGGAAGGAAGAAGGAGAGGUCAACAUGCUGGCGUUGGCUUGUUCAAAUGAUCAGAUUGUGUUGCGGUAUUGCAUUGCUGGAAAACCUCCACUUAUUAAACAGUUGUCAUGGAUACCGAGUACCACAAUUGUGGCAAUGUGUUUUGACCCAACAGUGACCUGGCUCCUCAUCUUGACCCAUAACCCAGAUAUCUACCUGGUGCCAGCCUUCUCCCUCAUGGAGCCCAAGGCACGUGUGAACCAACUUUGGAACACAGACGAUGUCACACACAUCAAACUCCAACAGCCAAAGGGUGAUGUGUGCGUGGUGCACUGGUGGCACACUCUAGACGACCAGCAAGUUGCUGUCAUUGGAACUAAGGCCGGAGAGAUUAUAUUUGUCGACUUGUUGCGGAAGAAGACUGUUGCUUCUACUCGUGUUGACACUGCUGUCUUGAAACUUGAUCUAGUGAUGGAUGAUCAACAGAUGGCGACAUCACUACUGAUCACUGCCAGCGGGAACAACCAGUUGAAGCUCCUUCUGGAGAGUCGCUCCAUGGAUAGGAUGUUUGCCGAGCUGAGUAUCAGUGGCACCGAGACGUUCCAGGACCCUGUCAACAACAUCAUGGUUCAGACAGAUGACAACAAGGAGAUGUUCCUUCCGCUACGCUACGAGCAGUUCCAGCGCUCCGUCAUCCUCUGUCCUCAGAAUGCCCGAGGCCGACACUUCAUCACUGCUCAUGAAGACAAGACGUCCACAUUCCAGGUGUACGACAGCCACGUGGAACAUUCCCCUCUGUUUGUGUACAAGCUGCCCAUUGGGGCGUACAACGUGAUCCUCACAGAUCGUCUCAUCUUCACGACAUCACGGGUGAGCGGCAGGCGGCUGCUAAUCAUAUCUAACCAGCGGGCCGAGACAUCACUGGAGGACCACCAGAUGGGUAUUGUGAAGGACUUCAACAAAGAAGCGAUAGUUCAACAGUUUGACCUGCCACCAGACGAAACCUUGCUUGGAGUUCAAAAGAAAUGUUUCCCAUUUUACUGGCAUGAGAAGCGUGAGGAGGAACGUCUUCGAUCGGUGCAGGAAGGGGAAGAGAUGGAACAGCCAACAAGUCUUCCCCCAAACAUUCAAGCUAUUCCAGUCACCUCCCACACUGUUUUAGAUGGAUGCAUUGUCAUAACAAACCAGGCAAUUUAUGAAUGUCGACCAAGGAUCUCUCCAGAGCGUCUGUUCCUUGCCCUGGCGAUACAACACACAGAUGCUGCAUAUGCUGAGAGCCUCGGUAUCAGCAUUGGCCUUGACCUUACAGCACUGUUUGAGGUUGCAGCAGAUCACCUCCUCCGAGCAGGAGAGUUCUCCCGAUCUGUUCGUCUUUACCAACUGUCCAAGUGUUCUCACGAAGCGAGUUGGGAACCUUGCCCGUCAUGGCCGUCUACAGGAAGUGACAUCACACUAAGGUUGAUCGCACGUGGGUUGGUGGUCCAGGCGUUGGAGCUGCUGUCUUCAAGGAGUCAGUUCAACAUCCCCACCCACCUUCUGUCCGAUCUCGUCACGCGGGGAUUCAGUGCUCAUCUGCUGCAAGCUGGACAAGGGUCACUGCUGCAGUGUAUCAGUGCAGACGAACUUGUGCGUCUGCUCCUCACCAAGCCCCAGCUGGCAAUACAGAAUGUGGGUCUCAUGGAGAACCAGCUCAGUCUGCUUGAUGAGGAGCUGUUGGUCUCGCUGGCCGAGGUCUUCGACCCCUCCCGACCUGUGAUGAGGGGCAUCCUCAACAGACACCACUACUCCAGGAGGAGGACAACCAGCAUCUCUUCUUUGACCUCCUUUACAAGUGAUGUCCUUGACUUCUCCGGGGAUAUGGGCACCUCCAACCUGUGUCGGCUGAUGGACUUCUUCAUCUCCGUCGUCCUGCAGCUCAACAAGAAGCGAGAGGCAGACAGCACACAGCUGGAUCUGGCAGACAUGUUGGCAGACGUCAACACUCAACUGGAGGAGCUCAGGGAAAAGAAACAGCCUGUCGUAGAGAUGUCUCGGAAGCUGGCCCUUCAGCCAACCAUCAUCGGCUGUGGCAGCCAGCACACCGCCAUCAUCAGGAACAGCGACCUCUACGUCUGGGGGCUCACCAACAGUGGCAGGUUGGGUCAUGGUGACCUGGUGACAGACAACAGCAUCGCAGCGCCGUCACGGGUGGAGACGCUGCACAUGCUGCAGAUGCGGGUCCUGUCAGUGGCAUGUGGGGGAGAACACACGCUUGUCAUCACACAGCAAGGGGUGUAUGGGUGGGGGCGGUCACAGUACGGCCAGGUGGGGGUGGGGACACGACACCACUACACCCGUCCCAUGCUGAUCGAGUCCCUGCUGUCGGAGACGGUUGUCAGUAUAGAGUGUGGUCAGUACCACAGUCUGGCUCUCACGGAGAACAGCGAUGUAGUAGUCACAAAUACAUGUUUUGUGUGCCGGCCGGCCGCCUUGAUUGUUAUCCCUUACAUCACUCCAUGUGCCAUUGCUCAGUUCUUCCUGGAUCCAGGGGCGGGCGCUGUGUACUCGUUUGGGUGUGGCUACUUUGGCGAGCUGGGCCUGGGGGACAACAGCAAGAAGUCCUGCCCCACCCGGAUCUCUCUGCUGCCAGAGCCUGUCUGCAUCAUUGCCACUAAAUACUUCCAUUCUAUUGCGGUAACCAGUAGCAACCGUGUGUACUCUUGGGGAUGUCACCCACACAGUCUUCGAUACUCCGCACAGCUUGUACGUAGAGCCAGACAACUGGGUCAGCAUCUCAGUGACCCUGUGGAGAGCUAUCUAAGUCCCAGUGUCGUAGACUCAGCUUAUGUCAAUGGGAAAAUAACACAGGUGACUUGUGGCAGCCUCCACACCGUUCUCCAGACCAUCGAGGGGGAGAUCUACGUGUGGGGCAGGAACCUGGACGGACAGCUUGGCAUCGGCAGCAAACAGGAUGAGAAAAUUCCACGAAUGUUGACGAAGAUUAAUGACCACAAUAUUGUAUGUGUGAAAUCUGGUGGAGAGUUCAACAUCGCCAUGGAUACAGAGAACACAGUGUGGGUCUGGGGAAAGAACGAUACUGGACAGCUUGGUUACCAUGUCAUUGAACUGUCUAGCCCAGGCUCCGACAGACACGGUCCCGACGUACGCCAACUCCCAGCAGUACUGACUUCCUCAAUCCACAGUCCUCAAAGGACUCUCCUGCUCAGGAUCCAACUGUCAUGUCACCAUGGCAACAGUCGAUUCCUGGCAUCCUCAGAGAGUGGAGAUUCAGAAUAUUGG